AUGUUAUUAUCUCUAGCAGGUGGUGCUGACAAAUAUGCUUAUCAAGUGCUAAAAUUAGAUAAUGGUAUUAGAGUUUUGUUAUCUCGAUCUGAAAAUGCCGAUAAGGCUGCGGUUUCAUUAAGUGUAAAAGCAGGAGGAUUUUCUAAUCCAGAAUCUCUACCAGGAUUAGCUCAUUUCUUGGAACAUAUGUUGUUUAUGGGUACUGAGACUCAUCCACACGAGAACUACUAUAUGGACUAUAUUCACAGUCAUAAUGGCAGUUCUAAUGCUUAUACAGAUAGUGAAGUCACUAAUUACUAUUUUGAUAUUGAUGCUGGCUAUCUUAAAGAGGCUAUUCAUAUCUUUAGUGGAUUCUUUAGAUGUCCUUUGAUCUUAGCUAGUGCCUUGGAACGAGAAGUGCAUGCGGUUGAUAAUGAACAUUCCAAUAAUAUUCUUUCAGAAUCUUGGCGUCGUGGUCAUCUGCGUACACUUCUAUCUGUACCGGAUACACCUCUAGCUAAGUUUCAAACUGGGAAUUUAGGAACACUUUCAGGGGCUACUCAGGCGGACUUGUUUGCUUUCUGGCGAGCGGCCUACCAUCCUGAACGAAUGUGUUUAGUUGUGCAUGGUCGUGAAACUCUAGAGGAAUUAGAGAUGUAUGCCCGGACUAACUUUACUGAUAUUACUGCUGCUCCAGUUGAUCCAGAUUAUCCUGCUUUAUUCCUUCCGCCUAUUUCCGGAGCUACUGAAGGUAUACCUUACCUUCCCUGGCGGUCGGAAGUACUAGGUAAGGUAGUGAAGUACCGACCGGCGAUUAAAAUGAACUCUGAUCAAAGUACACUCUCUAUGAUGAUUGUCUUACCCGAGUCCAUUACGAAGUACCGUAAGAAAACCAUUGAGUAUUUAGCUAUGCUUAUUGAAGGAACAGGGACUAGUAGUUUUGCCGCUGUCUUAUUACUGAGUGGUUUAGCCACUAAUGUAGGUACUGAUAUUAAUUACAAUACAAUCAAUACGUCUUUGAACAUUCGCGUUGAUUUAACUCAUGAUCAGCCCGAACAAAUUAGAGCUAUUAUGACCCUUCUAGCCCAGUACUUAGAAAUGAUUGCCAACAAUCAUUCGACUGAGAUUUACAAUAUGCUAGCUGGGAUUGCUAAGUUAGAGUUUGACCACCAGGAAUCAGAAGCCCCUAUUACUCAUGCUGAAGAGGCCGCCUAUGCCAUGCAGUACUAUCCGACAGAAGAGUUUGCUAAGCACGCGGCUAUUUGGGAAGGUUUAGAUGAAGAGGAUUUCAACCGGACGAUCCAACUGGCUCAAGAUCAGUCGCAAUGGCUACUUCUCUACCGGACUAGUGAUAUUUCCCAGGCUGAAAGUAUUAUAGUUGAUCAAAUCUACGGCAUCAACUAUUCUAUUGAAGAUAUUCCCUCAGUAGAUGCCGAGUUACAAGAAAGUCUGCUUAGUCGCUUGGAAUGGUCAUUACCUCUAGCAGAAACAGUAGAUAUUGAAGCGGCCCGACAAGCCGUCCAGCCAGUUCAAUUGGGACAUUUACCCGUUAAUAUCCAAACUCUACCUGCGCCUGAGAAAGUCACUAUUGUAUCUGUUGAAGAGGACGGGUACACAGCCCAUUUUAUCCAACACCCAGAGUACAGCAGUAUUAAAGAGGCCCAUGUUUAUCUGGCCUUCUACACGCAAGCCCAUCUUGUCUCAGCUAAAACCUAUACGGCCUUCAUCGGACAUCUUAAAGCUACCAAGCAAAUCUUCAUUACCAAGUACCGUAUUCAACUCCAAGCCUCCCUGGGUAAACUUAGUAUUACCGAGGACAAAGGGUUUAUUCGUAUGGUUUUUACAGGUAUUCCCGGCUUAUUAGAAGACUUAGUCCAUAAGUUCUUAGCCGAGUAUACUCAGCCCAAUCCUACUCUCUUCAAUCUAGCCAAAGAAUCAGCUAUUGCCUACUUCCAAACUCAAAUUGGCCAAUGUCCCUAUAAACACGUUAUUGCCGGCCUAGCUAAAUCACGAGGUUAUCCCGUCUUCUCACCAACCGAAUGUCUUAACCAUGCCCAAUCCCUACAACUCAAAGAUAUCUUUACUAUCUCCACUGCAUCUAUUAAAAUGCUAGUUACCGGUAAUAUUUCCCAACCUGAAUUCCACCGCCUAGUCCAAAGUAUUACCACCUACAUCACUCCAAGUAUUCAAACUUUCCAGCCCACUCCACCCGAAUCAGAUGUUUUCAUUCCCAUUGAAGACCCACUUAAUCGUGUCGUAUCAGUCGCCCAUCAAGUCAACAGCAGUUCAGCCGAUGCCUUCAAGAAUAUAGCUCUAGCCAUUCUCAUAACUCAAAUCCGAUCGGAAACCUUCUUUGACCAAGUCCGAACUCAAGAUAAGUUUGGAUACAUUGUUAGUAUGAUGAGUCAUACUCUUUUCCAAACUCCCUAUAUCCUCUGUACGGUCCAAAGCACCAAACCCUACCCAACAAUCAAGGAAAGAAUCGACCGGUUCAUCAGUGAAACACUCCAAGCCAUCCAAAACCUAUCCCCAGAAAACUACCAAAUGCACCGAACAAGUGCCAUUGCUUCAGUCACCGAAGAACCACUCAAUCUCGCCCAGUAUACCGAAGAAAUAUUCCAUUUCUGGACAGUCAUUAAUUUCGACCCCAACUACAAGACCCAUCUUUCCCAACUAAUCAGCACUAUUUCUCAAGAAGACCUACUCGCCUACUGCACUCAAUUCACUCCCACCACCACCAUCCAUAUCAGUAAUUCCCUCAGCAACCCCCAUCCCCCUACUUCUUCCCUUUCCACCUCCUAA